AUGAAACACAUCAUCUUUUCCCAAGUCUUUCUAGGUAUAAUUUCCCUUAUCCUUGGAUCUCCACUGUCUACGCCAUGGGAUCGCUCGCAAUCAAAAUGUGGCAAUUCUGAUCUCAACACCUGCACUGUCGAAGUUUACGUCCCCGUCAACAAACCCAACCAAAACAAAUUUGAUUUUAUAGUCAAGCUUUUCGAUUCAAAUUGCGAUACAAUGUGCGGUGAUAGGUUUGUCCAUCGUAACACCAGGAUCACAUGGGUACCACCCUGUCUCAAAGGUGGAAACAUGACAGUUCAAGUCCAGGGGGAUGGAGAGCUGCAGCCAAUUUAUCAUAACGGCUCUCCAAUAUAUAUCGGAAUUGUGCCCGAUGGAAACCCUACAAUAGUAACACACCGCGAUACAUUCCAGUGUCCAAAAUCUAAAGCUGCUCUUGCAGUAAGAUCGGUUUCUGAUUCUGGAGAAAAUUUGUGA